CCUUCUUCUUCUUCUCCAAAACCCUUUGUCCCGAAUCUUCUUCUUCUCCUCUCUUUCUUGAUCUUUUCCCCAUAAUUUUUUCUCAAAAAAAAAAUCACUAAAUCAUGUAUGCGAUGAGAGAAGAAGACUGUUUCCAAGCGUUACACAACAACAUACAAGAGUACCAAGACCAAUUUCUUCUUCAUAAUAACCAACACCAACAAAUCCUGCCGUGGACCGUCCCUUCAUUCGACCUGACCCGCAGCAACCAUGACUCGCCUCCCUUCGGAUACUCCUACUUCACCCAAAGAGACGGUUUCGGAGGAUCUUCGGGUCCAUCCAUGAAUCAUCAUCAAAACCAUCUCCGGGUCUUGUCAGAAGCUCUCGGACCCAUCAUGCGACCCGGGUCGGACUUUGGUCGGUUCGGGUUCGACGGAGAGAUGGGGAAAAUGACGGCUCAAGAGAUCAUCGAUGCUAAGGCUUUAGCUGCUUCCAAGAGCCAUAGCGAGGCCGAGAGGAGACGCCGAGAGAGAAUCAAUAACCAUCUUGCUAAGUUGCGUAGCAUAUUACCAAAUACAACCAAAACGGACAAAGCAUCGUUGCUUGCGGAAGUGAUCCAACACAUGAAGGAACUGAAACGACAGACAUCUCUGAUCUCUGACACGUGCCCUGUCCCGACGGAAGCCGACGAGCUGACAGUGGAUUCGUCAUACGACGACGGGGAUGGCAACGUCGUAAUAAAAGCGUCAUUCUGCUGCCAAGACAGGACUGACCUCAUGAAUGACGUCAUCAACGCGUUGAAGGAACUGCGUUUGAAAACGCUCAAGGCGGAGAUCACGACUGUCGGCGGCCGCGUCAAGAACGUGCUUUUCAUAAGCGCCGAGGAAGAUCCUAGAAGCUACGACGACGAUAACAGCAAUCACAAUUAUGGCGACGAUGAUGACGACGAUGAACAAAAGAAAUACAAUCGAGUGAAUUCCAUACAAGAAGCUUUGAAGGCAGUGAUAGAGAAAUGUGUUCACGGGGAUAACAAUUUCGAUCAGUCUUCUUCAGGAGGCGCCAAGAGACAAAGAACUAAUAGUGUUGUUAAUCGGCGUUAUUGAUCAAAUCAACACAAUAGAUAAUCUUAAUUUAGGUUAUAAUCUUAUAAUUACGUGCGGUGGUAAUGAUGAUUCCGAAUCAACAGGGUUUCUGUUAAUUGGGUUGAUAUCUUGUUUCAGUUGUAUUUGUGGGUUUUUCUUCUGUGUUUUAUCUAUGAAGAUCCCUUGGUUUUUAGGGUUUGUAAUGAUGGGUUUGGUUUCUCAUUGUACUUGAGACGAUGUAAAUGUAAAAGUGCUUGCUUUUAAGAAUGAAAUCGAGUGAGUUUGCGUUAUAGAUA